UGCCCGGUCCCCGUGGCGAAGCCCGUGCUCUUCCCUGACCCUUUGUUUUCUGCGCAAGAGGACGUGGUUCCGUGCCAAGUACAAAACUCGCAUGUUUGAAAAGGCUCGGUUUAACUGCCGGUGGUUAGACUGACAGACUGGUAUGUACCUGCAUAAAGAGCACUGUGACCCAGCAAAAUACUUCAGUGCGAAGGAGACGGAAAACUGUGGCAUUUGCCAUCUGACCCAGUGGGAGCCUGGGGCAGAUGGAGCGCAACUUGGAAAGUCUGCUGCUGGGAUUUUUUUUUUUUUUCCCUGAUUGUUGUUGUAGCCCUGGGAGCAGAUACUGCCUUUGAAACCUUUCCCCUGGCUGGCUUGGCUGCCUCUGCCUCCCCAGGCAGGGGCUGGGGAGCCAGGGUGUCAGGUCGACCGAGCAGUUGGCACUGUUCUCUGGGGCAUUAAGGGCUCCCCGUGCGAUCAAAGGCACAGCCCCGGAGGCGGGAGCCUCAGCCAGCGCUCCCCCUCCGCUGGGCUCAGCCUGCUCCUGGCCGGUUGAUUCCUGGGCUGCCUGAAAUCCUGAAAUGACCGGCUUCUCAUAAGAAGGCUCCUUCUUCUCUUCUGGAGAUGGGGAACUCUUACGCUGGACAGCUGAAGACGACGCGGUUUGAAGAGGUCUUGCACAACUCCAUCGAGGCCUCCCUGCGCUCCAACAGCCUGGUGCCCAGGCCCGUCUUCUCCCAGUUGUACCUGGAAGCGGAGCAGCAGCUCUCUGCUCUGGAAGGUGGUAGCCGAGUGGACAAUGAGGAAGAGGAAGAGGAGGGAGAAGGGGGAUCGGAGCAGAACUGUCCCCCGACUCUCUACCAGAUGCACCCCCCGCCCGAAGGAUGCUGCAUCACAGAUGGGUUCUGCCAGGCAGGAAGGGACCUGCGUCUUGUCUCCAUCUCCAACGAGCCCAUCGACGUCCCUGCGGGCUUCCUCCUCGUGGGGGCCAAGUCCCCCAGCCUGCCAGACCAUCUCCUGGUGUGUGCCGUCGACAAGAGGUUCUUGCCGGAUGACAACGGGCACAACGCCCUUCUCGGUUUCUCUGGGAAUUGUGUUGGCUGCGGCAAGAAAGGCUUCUGUUACUUCACGGAGUUCUCCAAUCACAUCAAUCUGAAGGUGACCACGCAGCCCAAGAAGCAGAAACACCUGAAGUAUUACCUGAUCCGCAAUGCACAGGGGGCUCUGACCAAAGGGCCUCUCAUUUGCUGGAAAGGCUCAGAUUUCAGAAGCCGGCAGACAUCCGCUGGAGCAUGUUCCAGCUCUUUGUUCCCUCUGCUGGAGAGCUCCGGGCCCCCGGCUCCCUUCCCCAGUGAGCCUGUUCCUGGGACCAACCCGAGCGCCCCGCUGGGAGCAGCGCAGGCAGGACCAGCCUCUGAUCACCCCUCACUCACCGCAGCAAUGGGUCUGGCUGUUUUCAACGGCAAAGAUUCCCCGAAGCAUCAGCCGCUGGUGAAGAACAACCUGUCUGCCGGGCCACGCCCCUCGGCAUUAGGUAUCUUAUCCAACUCUGGGCCCCCCAAAAAGCGCCACAAAGGGUGGUCUCCAGAAUCUCCAUCAGCUGCAGACGGCGGCUACCCCCAGGGUGGUGGGAACAGAGCUAAGUAUGAGAAUGCAGGCGUGACCUGCAUGCCCCAGGUUGGCUUGGUGGGACCGGCCUCAGUCACCUUUCCCGUCGUGGCCUCCGGAGAACCAGUGUCUGUUCCUGACAACUUGCUGAAAAUAUGCAAGGCCAAGCCGGUGAUCUUUAAAGGUCACGGCAACUUCCCGUACCUCUGUGGGAACCUGAAUGACGUGGUCGUGAGCCCUCUCCUGUACACGUGCUACCAGAACUCCCAGUCCAUCUCCAGGGCAUAUGAACAACACGGGGCCUCCACCAUCCAGCCCAUCUCAGAGGAGAUGCAGCUCCUGCUCACCGUCUACUAUCUUGUCCAGCUGGCGGCCGACCAGGUGCCCCUGAUGGAGGACCUGGAGCAGAUCUUCCUGCGCUCCUGGCGCGAGUCGCACCUGACGGAGAUCCGGCAGUACCAGCAGGCGCCGCCGCAGCCCUUCCCGCCGGCGCCCAGCGCCGUGGCCCCGGUCACCUCGGCGCAGCUGCCCUGGCUGGCCGGCCUGGCCGCCAGCUCCUGCAACGACAGCGUGCACAUCAUCGAGUGCACCUACUCCCUGGCCGAAGGCCUGUCCGAGAUGUUCCGGCUGCUCGUCGAGGGCAAGCUGGCCAAGACCAACUAUGUGGUGAUCAUCUGCGCCUGCCGGAACGCCACCAUCGACUCCUGCAUCGCUGUCACCGGAAAAUACCAAGCCCGGAUUCUCUCUGAGAGCCUUCUCACCCCAGCCGAAUACCAGAAAGAAGUCAAUUACGAGCUGGUUACGGGCAAAGUGGACUCACUGGGAGCCUUUUUCAGCACCCUCUGUCCAGAGGGCGACAUUGACAUUUUGCUGGACAAAUUUCAUCAGGAAAAUCAAGGCCACAUUUCUUCCUCACUUACUGCCGCCUCUGUCACCAAAUCAGCAUCCCUGGAUGUUGCCGGGACACCAGUGUGCACAAGUUACCAUCUGGAGCCUCACCACAUCCGGCCCUUCCAGCUGGCCGUGGCCCAGAAGCUCCUCUCCCACGUGUGUUCAAUUGCGGAUUCCAGCACCCAAAACCUGGACUUGGGGUCUUUCGAGAAGGUGGACUUUCUGAUUUGUAUUCCGCCCUCCGAAGUGACCUACCAGCAGACUCUGCUCCAUGUCUGGCAUUCAGGGGUUUUACUGGAGCUGGGCUUGGAAGAGGAGCACAUGACCAAGCAGAGGGCUGAGCAGUACGUUCUGAAGCUCGAUGCCGAGGCGCAGACAAAAUUUAAGGCCUUUCUGCAAAACUCCUUUCAGAACCCACACACGCUCUUCGUCCUCAUCCACGACCACGCCCACUGGGAUCUUGUGAGUAGCACCGUUCAUAAUCUCUAUUCCCAAAGUGACCCGUCCGUGGGGCUGGUGGACAGAUUGCUCAACUGCAGGGAGGUGAAGGAGGCCCCCAACAUCGUCACCCUCCACGUGACUUCCUUCCCUUAUGCGCUGCAGACGCAGCACACCCUCAUCAGCCCUUACAACGAGAUCCACUGGCCAGCCUCCUACAGUAACGGAGUAGAGCUGUAUCAUGAGAAUAAGAGGUACUUCGGGCUGUCCGAGUUCAUCGAGUCCACCCUCUCAGGACAUAGCCUCCCCUUGCUCAGAUACGACAGCUCCUUUGAGGCCAUGGUCACCGCCUUGGGAAAAAGGUUUCCCCGCCUGCACAGCGCGGUGAUCAGGACCUUUGUUCUCGUGCAGCACUACGCGGCCGCUAUGAUGGCCGUGCGCGGCCUCUCACAGAUGAAGAACUACACGUCAGUGGAGACGCUGGAGAUCACGCAGAACCUCAUCAACUCCCCGAAGCAGUGCCCCUGCGGCCACGGGCUCAUGGUCCUGCUGCGGGUGCCCUGCUCGCCGCUGGCCGCCGUGGCCUACGAGCGGCUGGCCCACGUGCGGGCGCGUCUGGCCCUGGAGGAGCACUUUGAGAUCAUCCUGGGCAACCCCAGCUCUGGCAUCACUGUCGGGAAGCACUUCUUAAAGCAGCUCAAGAUGUGGCAGAAAAUUGAGGAUGCGGAGUGGAGGCCUCAGACGUACUUGGAGCUGGAGGGCCUGCCUUGCAUCCUCAUCUUCAGUGGGAUGGACCCACACGGGGAGUCCUUGCCCAGGUCUCUGAGGUACUGUGACCUGCGGCUGAUAAACUCCUCCUGCCUGGUGAGGACAGCCCUGGAGCAGGAGCUGGGCCUGGCCGCCUACUUUGUGAGCAACGAGGCUCCACUGGAGAAGGGGGCCCGGAACGAGGCCUUGGAGAGCGACGCGGAGAAGCUGAGCGGCACGGACGAGGACGAGGAACUGGUGACCGAAGGCUCCGCCUUGGAGAAGAGGAGCCCCGUGAAGAGAGAACGGUCCUGCUCCCACGACUCGGUGUCCUCAUCCAUCUCCUCUAAGGCGUCUAGCUCUGCGCUCUGCGGUGAUUCCUCAGCACCCCCAGCGGGGCCCUCGCAGGGGGAGCAGGCCCGAUCCCCGCCGCCCGGCGGCCCCACAGAGGAGGGCAGGGCCCCCGGUGAGAGACAGAGGCUCCGGGCCGGGUGGGAGCCGCCCGCCGUCAUCAGCCGGCACAGCCCCGGGCUGGCCCCCCCGCCGGACCCCAGCCUCAGGACCUGCCGGCGGAGCAUCCGGAGGUCGGCCCCCUCGUCCUCCUCCCAGCUCUCCUCCUCGGGCUCGUCCUCCUCGUCCAUGGUGCCUGCCGCCGGGCCGCUUGUCCUGCAGGCCUCCCAGUGCUCCAUGACCAAGGCCUGCCGGCAGCCGCCCAUAGUCUUCCUGCCCAAGCUGGUGUACGACAUGGUCACGGCCACCGACAGCAGCGGCCUGCCCAAGGCCGCCUCGCUCCUGCCCUCGCACUCGGUCGUGUGGGCCAGCUCGUUCCGGCCGCUGCUCAGCAAGACGAUGACGUCCACAGAGCAGUCCCUGUACUACCGGCAGUGGACGGUGCCCCGGCCCAGCCACAUGGACUACGGCAACCGCGCCGAGGGCCGCGUGGACGGCUUCCACCCGCGCCGCCUGCUGCUCAGCGGGCCCCCCCAGAUUGGGAAAACAGGCGCCUACCUGCAGUUCCUCAGCAUCCUGUCCAGAAUGCUCAUUCGGCUGACGGAAGUGGAUGUUUAUGACGAAGAAGAGAUCAAUAUCAACCUCACAGAAGAGUCAGAGUGGCAUUACCUCCAGCUCGGUGACCCCUGGCCAGACCUGGAGCUCUUCAAGAAGCUGCCUUUUGACUACAUCAUCCACGACCCGAAGUACGAGGACGCCAGUCUGAUUUGUUCUCACCAUCAGAGCAUAAAGAGCGAAGACAGAGGGAUGUACCGGAAGCCGGAGGACCUGUACGUGCGGCGUCAGACGGCGCGGAUGAGGCUGUCCAAGUAUGCGGCGUACAACACAUACCACCACUGCGAGCAGUGCCACCAGUACAUGGGAUUCCACCCCCGCUACCAGCUCUAUGAGUCCACCCUGCACGCCUUUGCCUUCUCUUACUCCAUGCUAGGAGAGGAGAUCCAACUCCACUUCAUCAUCCCCAAGUCCAAGGAGCACCACUUUGUCUUCAGCCAACCUGGAGGCCAGCUGGAGAGCAUGCGGCUGCCCCUCGUCACCGACAAGAGUCACGAAUACAUAAAAAGUCCAACGUUCACUCCAACCACCGGCCGACAUGAACACGGGCUCUUUAACCUGUACCACGCGAUGGAUGGCGCCAGCCACUUGCAUGUGCUGGUGGUCAAGGAGUAUGAGAUGGCCAUUUACAAGAAGUACUGGCCCAACCACAUCAUGCUGGUGCUCCCCAGUAUCUUCAACAGCGCCGGAGUUGGCGCCGCCCAUUUCCUGAUCAAGGAGCUGUCUUACCACAACCUGGAGCUGGAGCGGAACCGGCAGGAGGAGCUGGGGGUCAAGCCGCAGGACAUCUGGCCUUUCAUCGUGAUUUCAGACGACUCCUGCGUGAUGUGGAACGUGGUGGACAUCGACUGUGGUGGGGAGAGGAGCAGGGAAUUUUCCUGGUCAGAAAGAAACGUCUCCCUGAAGCACAUCAUGCAGCACAUCGAGGCUUCCCCCAACAUCACCCACUACGCCCUUAUCGGCAUGCGGAAGUGGUCCAGCAAGACCGGAAGCCGUGAGGUGCAAGAGCCCUUCUCCCGCUGCCACGUGCACGACUUCAUCGUCCUGAACGUGGACUUGACCCAGAACGUGCAGUACAACCAGAACCGGUUCACGUGUGACGACGUGGACUUCAACCUGCGGGUGCACAGCGCCGGCCUCCUGCUCUGCCGGUUCAACCGCUUCAGUGUGAUGAAGAAGCAGAUCGCAGUGGGCGGGCACAGGUCCUUCCACAUCACGUCCAAGGUGUCUGACAACCCCAUGGCCAUCAUGCCUGCCCAGUACAUCUGCGCCCCCGACAGCAAGCACACAUUCCUGGCGGCCCCCGCGCAGCUCCUGCUCGAGAAAUUCCUCCAGCAUCACAGCCACCGCUUUUUCCCGCUGUCCCUCAAGAAUCACGGCCACCCCGUGCUGUCCGUUGACUGCUACCUUAACCUGGGGUCUCAGAUCUCUGUGUGUUAUGUGAGCUCCAGGCCCCACUCUUUAAAUGUCAGCUGCUCUGACCUCAAGUUUAGUGGACUCCUGCUGUACCUCUGUGACUCUUUUGUGGGAGCUAGCUUUUUGAAAAAGUUUCAUUUUCUGAAAGGUGCGACCUUGUGUGUGAUCUGUCAGGACCGGAACUCACUCCGCCAGACAGUUGUCCGCCUGGAGCUGGAGGAUGAGUGGCAGUUCCGGCUGCGAGAUGAAUUCCAGACUGCCAAUGCGAAGGAGGACCGGCCGCUAUUUUUUCUGACUGGGAGACACAUCUGAGGGAGACACGCCUGAGAGCGGCGCCCUCAGAACCUCACCCUGCUGAGGCUAAAGGAAGAAUUCGAACCAUGGGGUGUCUGGACCGGGACAGGCCCCCAAGACUGUUGGCAACCCCCUCAUGGUACGGGGAACAGGGCCCAGAGAUGGAUGGAGACUUACCAAGAGUGAUGGGAUAAGUGGAUGGUCAACGGGAACUCAAACCCAAGACUCCUAGGUUCUGGGCCAGACCCCAUUGCCCUGGGCUCCGUCAAAGUCCAUCUCAAGAACAAAGCUUUGCCUACCAUCACCUCAUCCAUUCGCUUCCGUGGACACACUUGACUUUGCUCUUAGUUCUGAAGGGUCACUCUUGGAUUAUCUUGUAGAGGUGCCAGCAUUUCGGAUGAUGGAUAGAUUUUGGCUACGUAUGUUUCCCUAUACCCUCCUACAAAGCAAUAUUCCAAAAGAACAUUUUAACUGUGAAGGCUGGAGACAAGAAAAAACGAAGUAGGUCAUUUAAUAAGAAUAUGUAAGUUUGCUCUUUUAGAAGCUAGCCCAAAGGCAUCAAGUUUAAUAAAGUAAAACAAAUAGUUUCCCUUCAAAGCAAACGCGAUCCUAUUAAAACAGCACAGGGUAAAUACCCUGCCUCUUAGAAAGGGCAAAAGUGAAAAGAAACUUUUUUUUAUUAAACUAAAAGGGUUUCAGGAAGGAAAUUAGGGUUGCAGAGGUUGAUCUUAAGAUACAGAACUUGCCUUACAAAGGAAAGAGGACCAGAUGGCUUACUUGAAACAAACAGUGAAAACAACCAAAGUGAUAUAUACAAUAGUUGAAAAGAAUUAGACUUCUGACUCUAAUUUACUGAAUCUCCGUUUUCAGUUCCUUAAAUAGCUUGUCUUCUCCUAUGAAUGCUUGGUCCCUGACUGGAGAGGCAGGGGGACAGACAGGGCAGCAGGGAUGCUCCCUGACGCUCACACUCUCACUUGCUUUCCAGAAUGUUUUUCAAAGCCAGCGUAUUAGAGCGCCCCCUAUAGGCCGGGCCAGGUGCUUUCACAGUUAAGCUCUCGCUUCACCCUUCCAACAGCCUGUGUAGGUGGACUCAUUCUCCCUGUUUGAAAGAUGAGACGGUUGAGAUGCAGAGUGCACCUCACGAAGAUCACACAGCUGGAGAGAAGCAGAAGCAGAGUCCUGGAUCUGGACUCCAGGGCCCCUCUGCCCCCUGCACCGCACUGCUGUGGAAUGGCCCGUGACCAAAGGAAAAGUUUAAAGAUACUCAGAAAUGAAUCAGCAGAAUGCACUCUUAUCCAUCCAUCUCACAAGCACUCUAAUGGAUCACCAUCCAAGAAGAAAUUACUUUAAAAGAUGAUGCCAAAGAAUUCAUAUCGAUCUUUUCUUCCCUAAGAAAAAAAAAGAAAAGUUCAUGAGUAUAAAAGAUUUAGAUCAAUGUUUAUAAAGUGAUCACUUUGUAUAUGUCCUUAUUCCUAUUUUGGAAUAAAAACUUACCUCCUUUAGUUCUAUUUGUCUUUUGUAAAUAGCAGCUUCUGGGCUGCUCUUCCCAUUUUAUUAGUUAAUUUAAACUUGAAACAAAAAACCGAACCAAUAUUCUUGUCUGUUCCAGCCUUAUAAAUAAAAUUUAUGAUGCAUUUA